GCUUUCCACUCCGGGCAGGAAGACCGAGAACUGGUUAUGUAGGGACUGGCGGGGGAUUUUACCGGCGACACCCGCGCGGGGGCCGGAAGUACAGCCUGGGUGAACCGCGGCGGACAAGCUUCGGGCUAAUUGGCGACGGCAGGGGCUGCCAGGCCGGAGGGGGACGAUGAGGAGCGGCGGGGACGACGCGGGGCCUCGCUGCUGCGCGGAGCCCGCCUUGGUGCCCGCGGCCGACUGCGCAGCCUGCCCGCGAUCCUGACUGUGCAGCUGGCACAGUUUCAUAACUUCCCAGUGCUGAACAGGAAAGGAGAAAGAUUGAUGUAAGAAUGCUGGACCCAAGUGCUGUGUUACUUGAAAUGUGGUUGGAAGCUGUGCAUUCCCCUAGUAAUGAAUGAGCAUCUGGAAGUUCUCUCCCCUCGUGAUGUGGACACCUACGCAGAGCUACAAUGGAAAAGUCCUGGAUGCUGUGGAACUUCAUUGAAAGAUGGCUCAUAGCCUUGGCUUCCUGGUCUUGGGCUCUCUGCCGCAUUUCUCUUUUACCUUUGAUAGUAACUUUUCAUCUGUAUGGAGGCGUUAUCUUACUUCUGUUAAUAUGUGUAUCCAUCGCGGGCAUCCUGUAUAAAUUCCAGGAUGUCUUGCUGUACUUUCCAGAACAGCCAUCUUCUUCCCGCCUCUACGUUCCCAUGCCCACGGGUAUUCCACAUGAAAACAUUUUCAUCAGAACCAAAGAUGGAGUGCGCCUGAAUCUGAUUUUGGUGAGAUACACUGGAGACAGUUCUCCCUAUUCCCCGACUAUAAUUUAUUUUCACGGGAAUGCAGGCAACAUAGGUCACAGGUUACCAAACGCACUGCUCAUGUUGGUUAACCUCAAAGUUAACCUGCUGCUUGUUGACUAUCGAGGAUAUGGGAAAAGUGAAGGUGAAGCAAGCGAAGAGGGACUCUAUCUAGAUUCUGAAGCUGUACUAGACUAUGUGAUGACCAGGCCUGACCUUGAUAAGACCAAGGUUUUCCUGUUUGGCCGUUCCUUGGGAGGAGCGGUGGCUAUUCACUUGGCUUCUGAGAACUCUCACCGGAUCUCAGCCAUCAUGGUGGAAAACACGUUCUUAAGCAUACCACACAUGGCCAGCACUUUAUUCUCUUUCUUUCCAAUGCGUUACCUUCCUUUAUGGUGCUAUAAAAAUAAGUUUCUGUCCUACAGAAAAAUCUCUCAGUGCAGGAUGCCUUCCCUCUUCAUCUCGGGACUCUCCGACCAGCUGAUUCCGCCAGUGAUGAUGAAGCAGCUGUACGAGCUUUCCCCGUCUCGGACUAAGAGAUUGGCCAUCUUUCCUGACGGCACACACAAUGACACGUGGCAGUGCCAAGGCUACUUCACUGCACUCGAGCAGUUCAUCAAGGAAGUGGUGAAGAGCCAUUCUCCAGAAGACAUGACGAAGACGUCGUCUAAUGUCACAAUUAUAUAAGGCUGCCCUCUUGGUGAAUGCCUUGCAUUUUACAUGUGCAGAGUGAUAAUGUUCUUUCUAGAUGUGGUAUGUCUGUACUCUUGCAGAGUGACGUUGCACUUGGGAAGGACCCCAGCAUUACUUUCUGAUGAUCCAGCAGUUUUUUACAUUUGAAGAACUGUAAUUCUCCAGAUUAUUUCAUAUUUUCAUCAGAACUUUCAGGCUAAUUAUAUAUCUUAACUUUAGUUAAAUAUGUCAGUGUAAUAGAAGUUAUUCAGAAGUUUCUUGUUGCUUAAGUGGUAUAAUCUGUUGUACUCAGAAGGCGGUCUAUGAACAAGAAACCUUUGAAUGGCAUUCUUUUGGUAAACAUUGGGACAAUCACGGUAAGGAAACCUAGUUCUAUAACUGCAUUUUUCACCUUAAACAUUAAAAUGAAGUGCAUGGUGAUUAUUUUAUUCCUUGACAUAUGCAAUGCAAUGUUUUUAAUGUAAAUAGUGGUUACAUGCUAAUGUAUAUGGUUACCUGGGUUAUAUCUAUUUUUAUGUAAAUUCUAUUUUGUUCUUGG